CCGGCCCCCUUUGUGAGUUGAGGGGCCGAGGGGGGAUGCGGAGCGCGGCGGCGCCGGACGGCAGGGAGCGGGGCCGCCUGGGUUUCGCUUCGGGGCGGGAGAGCGGCAGCGGCAGGGCCGGGCAGCGCCGCUGUCUCCCCCGCACUGAGCGCUCGCUCGCACCGGUAGCAGCACUGACCGCCCGGAGGUACCGAGAGAUGGAUCUCCCCUUAAGUAAAGCUUUGCAAAAACUGGGAAGUGCUGCAUUGGAGCUCUUGAAUUUGGACCACUUCCAGGCCUGACAUCCAGAAACUCAUCCCUAUGGGUGGUAAACAUAAAGAGGCUGGAUGCAAAGGAGGAAGCAUGGUAAAGGCAGCAUCUUUCCAGGAUCCAUGGGCUCUUUGAGAGAUGAUCAGAGGGCGGCCAGAUGAUCUGCACAAGACGCACGCCACUGUUCCUCGUCCGCAAAGGCAGCAUCGCAGCCUUCUCUCCAGCCCUGCGCCGCCCAGCCUGCCCAAUCGCUUCCGGAUGUUCCGCAGCUGCGAGUGGGAGGUCCUGGAGCGGUCCCUCACUAUCCUUCAGGCCAGUGACUUCUACUGGGGCCCCUUGUCCGUGGGGGAGGCUCACGCCAAGCUCCAGCGGGAGCCCGUCGGCACCUACUUGGUGCGGGACAGUUCUCAGGGCAACUGCUUGUUCAGCCUGAGCGUGCGGAUGCCCGCAGGGCCCGUCAGCCUCCGCAUCUCCUUCCAGGAGGGCUAUUUCCGCCUGAAGAAUUGGUUUUCAGACUGCGUGGUCCGGCUGCUGGAGCUGGUGGUGGCGGGAACCCGGAACAACCCCUUGCACUUUGAUGAGAUGGGGGGAACCCCCCUAGUCUUCUCUGAGCCCCUGUGCCGGAGCCGCCGGGCCGUGCCCACGCUGCGAGAGCUCUGUUGCCGGAGCCUGCCCACUGGUGCUGCAGCAGCUGGGGAUGGAGCAGGAAUGGGGGGCUCCAUGGGGAUAUGCCCAAGGGAGGAGGUGUUCUCACCCCUGGGCAGAAGGGGAGGGUCAGAGGGAAGUGUUGUUACCAGCCCCUCUCUGUCCUGGACUGGUAGAUGAUGCUCUGUGUGUGGUGGACAAAGGAGGUGCCAGUUACCUGGCUGUGCUGGUGGGAUGCACGCCGAGCUGGUGAGGCUGGACUGGCUGCUGUAGGGGAGAGCAGGGGGAGCAGGUCUUGAACCUGCUGGCUGUGACAGCUGUGUCCUCAUACAUGCAC